AUGCCGCCAAAGAUAGAAGAGGUCGAUGAUACCCCUAGGGAGCCUACCAAGAAGGACCCGCAAAGAAUCAUUAAGAACCCUUUUGCCACACGAAAGUCUACCACAGUCAAGAGAUCCAGCGAUGAAGUUUAUCCUGAACGUAAAGGAUUGAAUAAGCCUCAGUACCUAGGAGACUCGGACCUAGAUCUUCUAUUCCAGAAGCUAGAAUCUAUGCUACAGCCCAAGCUCGAAGAUCUCUCCAUUGAUGGGCUCUAUCAAACGUUAUUUGGCGAAAGAGACUCCCAAGACAAGCGCUGGGAUGUGAUUCAACAACUCCUAGACUUCCUUAUACAAAUCAAAGAGUACUCCCUCAAAGCGAAUGCGAAAGACAAGGACAAGAACCUUCUUUCCAUAUCCUUGCACGAUAUCAAGACGUUUGCCAAACUCGUCAACGUCAUCAUCAUCCUCGGCAUCUACCCCUGCAUUGUUCCAUUGAGAAUAGGUAUUCCCCUCGAGAAGAGGCGCCUCAAAGACUUUGGCUCUCCCAUAUAUAAGCCAUUGACGAUAGACCAAGUGCCACCAGCUAAAGGGGCCAAAUCCUACACCGAGAGACACAAGCAACACGAACUACUUCUCACUUUGAUUUAUGACAAGUUGACGCAAGUAUUUUUUGACAAGUCUGAUGUUCAACAACUAUUGAUGAAGGGCAGUGGUUACUCCGAUUUCCUUACUGUGACCAUCACCCUAGCCACAGUGCCUUACUUCAGUCACCAGAUUCGAGAGAGAACCAACAGAGAGUUUACGAAAGUCACUUCAAUCGCAUCUACAUUCGAGCUUUACCAGGAUUACUCCCUCUUGGUUCAAUCUCCUUCACCAGGCUUUUUUAAGACCUUCGUCAUGCUGAAACUCCAGGCGCUUCCGUAUUCCGCUCCUAAGGGUGACGGGCUUCUCACAUUAAUGGAAUACAUUCUCGGAUUGCGUGAUCAAGAGGACAUUGGUAUCGAAAAAUUAGAUCAAGUGGCUAGUGUGGUGCUUCAGAAACCAAAGGAUUGUACUAGCAGCGAGUACUUCACUUCCAUUGGCAACCAGUGCUACGACCUACUCGUGAAUAUCAACAGACCAACGAUCACCAGCUGCACAGCUCAUGUCAUAGAAAAAAUCUGGUAUAAGAACCCCAGGAUUGUUGAAGAUUUUAUCCUCAAACGGAUAUGGCGUAACUCGAACCCUGACCCCAAGGAAAGCACGGAUUUGGUGCUCGUGUCGGAAGCAUCGUUGAACAACAACAUCAACGUGCUUCUCACCUUGUCAUCAAGGCCACUUCCUGUUCCGCUACUCAUGUCCACCUUCAUGCCAGUUCUUGUACCUCUUUGGUCCUACUUUAUGUUCCUCAAAAAAAACGAGUCUUCCGGCGAAGUGGCUCAAAACAUUAUUUUGGGGUUUUUGGCAUGCAUUGGUACCGAUUCCGAUGCCUUGCAACAAGCUCUUGAUCUAAUAGCUCGCAACGUUGUCAAUGCGGGUGGUGAGGGCUGGAAGUUUAGAUUUGGACCUAACAGACUUGUUGAAAUCGGUCGUGAAGAUACGAAAGUUGGUGAAAGCCAGUCAGCAGAAGCUAGAGUAUUGGACUUUGUGAAAUUGCUUGACGGCGGCUGCAAAUACUUCGUGGAGCUAGCCAAACAACUUGAUGAUGAGCCUGUGAGGAAAUUGUUUGUUACGUUGCUCAAAAAUUGGCUAAAGCUGGACUCUCAGUCCCUUUCAGAAGACAAUUCUUUCAUCAAACUAGCGGAUCUUCGUUUGUUAGAAGGCUUGGCCAAGGAGUUCAAAGAGGUUCUUGCUGAAUCACCGCUUGAGUUGUUUGAGCUUAUCGAGACCGUGCUUCAAAAUAGGAGCAGUGCAUCAGAAGGAACUGAAGCCGCUGACAUGGAUGUCGAUUCUGACGACGAGGAAGACCCCCAAGAAUCAUCAAACGAGCUACUUACAGUGGUUCUUGAGCUUCUUUCAGCUGUUCUUUCGGAGACUCAACCUGUUGCUCUUGAUGAUGCUUGCAGAGCAAAGCUCGCCUCAAUCAGGAAAGUCUUGCAAGAACGCUAUAGCCAACUCUCCCCAGCUCUGUCCUUGGCUGACAGAAUCGGUCUUCUUUUGCAAGGUGAGGCACCAGCAAAGAAUGAAAAAGAGGCACACCAAAAAGUGUUUGCCCGUGCUAUUGCAAACCUCAAUGAUCCUUUGGUUCCUAUCAGAGCUCAUGGCUUAUAUCUUCUACGUCAGUUGGUGGAGCAGCAGAGUCCAGUCCUCACUUUAGAUUUUGCACUCAAUUUGCAUCUUGUACAACUAAAGGACCCUGAACCGUUCAUUUAUUUGAAUGCUAUCAAGGGACUUGACAGCUUGCUCGAUUGGGACGCAUCAUCUGUUCUUCCCCAGUUGAUGGGACUUUAUUCUGGCUCAAGCGAGGAAAAAACUGAUCUUGAUGAGCGCCUCAAAAUUGGAGAAGUUAUUCUCCGAUUCAUUCAAAACCAAGACGAGGCGUUCACAGGAUCCUUGGCUAAGGAGGUGUCAGAUGGCGCAUUAUCGCUCAUUAGAAGACCCUCUGGUGAUGAAGCUUUGGUUGACGACAGACUCAGAAUGUCGGCGAUGUCGUUACUUGGAACUUGUUGUAAUACAAACCCAAUCGGGAUUCUUGAAAAUCUUGAAAAUGCACUUGACUGUGCCAUUGGUAUCCUACAGCUUGAAACCGACAAAGAUAAAGCCAUUAUGAGACGGUCUGCAAUUGUCUUGAUAAAUGAUUUGAUUGUUGGUACCUCAAAGUCAGACCAUGUUCCAUUCCCCAGUGCUUAUAGGGGAAAGAUUUUGACAGUUUUACGAUAUGUUAAAGACAACGAUACCGACCUACUUACUAGGGAACAUGCUCAGUCAGUACUCGAUACAAUCGACGGUCUUGCUAGAGCGCUGCUUGAACAAGAAUAA